AGCGGACAGUUGAUCUGGAUGCUAUCAGUCCAUUAUUAACCAUCUCCAGAAGGAAAGACAAAGCAUUCUUCUGCAGAGCAAUAUACUUGGUGUGCAGGUGGAUUCAGCUCAGACACAGCAGCAGUGAGGAUGGGAGGUGGAGGCCAGCAAACGGACCAUGGAGAGGCACACAGCGGGGGAGAUGCAGGUGUUUACACCUGGGAGGAGGUGCAGAAACACAGCAGCAGGAAAGAUCAGUGGCUGGUCAUCAAUCGAAAGGUUUACAACAUCACUCAGUGGGCCAAAAGACACCCAGGAGGGUUUCGGCUAAUCGGCCACUAUGCUGGGGAGGAUGCCACGGAAGCCUUCAUCGCUUUUCAUCCUGAUCAAAAGUUUGUGCAAAAGUUUCUGAAGCCUCUGCUAAUUGGAGAGUUGAAAGCGACAGAGCCAGGCCAGGACCACCGCAAAAAUGCAGCAAUCAUACAAGAUUUUGACACUCUCCGAGUGCAGGCAGAGAAGCAGGGUCUUUUUCAGGCUAAACCUUUGUUUUUCUGCCUCCAUCUGGGUCACAUCAUGUUGCUGGAGGCCCUUGCGUAUCUGAUGGUCUUGCAUUGGGGGACGAGCUGGAUGCUGACAUUUUUGUGUGCAGUGAUGCUGGCAACUGCUCAGGCUCAGGCUGGAUGGUUGCAGCAUGACUUUGGUCACCUGUCUGUCUUCAAGAAGUCUCGGUGGAAUCACCUGAUACACAAGUUUGUCAUUGGACAUUUGAAGGGAGCUUCAGCCAACUGGUGGAAUCAUCGUCAUUUCCAACAUCACGCCAAACCCAACAUUUUUAUGAAGGACCCUGAUAUCCACACAUGGGACAUUUUUGUACUUGGAGCCACUCAGCCAGUGGAGUAUGGUAUAAAAAAGAUCAAACACAUGCCCUAUAACCACCAACACAAGUACUUCUUUCUGAUGGUACCACCACUACUUAUUCCAGUUUUGAACUUCAACUUAUUGAAGACCAUGAUUGCUCGUCGGGACUGGGUGGAUCUGGCUUGGUACAUGACGUACUACUUUCGUUUCUUCUACUGCUACAUACCUUUGUAUGGUGUGUUUGGUUCACUGGCUCUCAUAACUUUUGUCAGGAUUUUGGAGAGCCACUGGUUUGUGUGGAUGACUCAGAUGAGCCAUCUGCCAAUGGACGUUGAAAACGAGAAACACCAAGACUGGGUGACCAUGCAGUUACAAGCCACUUGUAAUAUUGAGCAGUCCUUCUUCAACGACUGGUUCAGCGGACAUCUCAAUUUUCAAAUUGAACACCAUUUGUUUCCCAGGAUGCCACGCCAUAACUACCAUCUGGUGGCCCCCCAGGUCCGUGCUCUGUGUAAGAAACAUGGGAUUCCUUAUAAGAUGAAGACUUUGUGGCAAGGCAUGGCUGAUGUUGUGAGGUCACUGAAAAUCUCAGGAGAUCUUUGGCUUGAUGCGUAUCUUCAUAAAUGAAAAGCUUUUUGUAAAAGGAGAGAUGUUUUUCUUUUGUCUUUAAGCUA